AUGAUUCACCGCUUUAGAGCUCAUACUUUGGAGAUAAGUGCUGUUCCGGAAAAUUCAAAACAAUACUAUGGUUUUACACGAUUUGCUAUUGAAUUAAAUGAACUUGAUGAUGAUCUUCGUCAACAUUUACCGCCGACUGAUACACGUUUUAGACCUGAUCAGCGUCUUCUUGAAGCAGGUCAAGUUGAACUUGCUGAGAAAGAAAAAGCUCGUAUUGAAGCAGCUCAACGAUCACGUGCUGAUUCUGCAUUUUGUCCAAAAUGGUUUAAAUGUGACGGUGAUUCAUAUACACUUAUUCGUGAUGAAGAUCCAUUCCAUUAUUAUUGGAAAAAACGUGAAGAACAUUGGAUAGGUGUUGAAUUUACACAACUAUGGUAG